AUGGCGCCGACAACAAUAACAAGUUUUCCGCCUGAGGUGGUCCCUCAGGCGCCCGAGGAUCCCCUCUUCGGGCUGAUGAGGGCAUACAAGGCCGAUCCAAGUCCCAACAAAGUUGAUUUGGGUAUUGGCGCGUACCGCGACGACAAUGCGAAGCCCUGGGUCCUGCCGGUGGUCAAGAAGGCCGACGAGAUCCUGCGCAACGACCCUGAAGCCAACCAUGAGUACCUCCCAAUUGCCGGCCUAGCGGCGUUGCUCGGCAAAGCCGCCGAAUUGCUACUCGGGCCGUCCUCACCCGCCAUCGCCGAGAAGCGUGUCGCUUCCGUCCAAACCAUCUCCGGCACCGGCGCCGUGCACCUUGGCGCCCUCUUCCUCGCCAGGUUCUACCAGAUCCAGGGCGUCAACCGCACCGUCUACCUCAGCGACCCGACCUGGGCGAACCACCACCAGAUCUUCACCAAUGUCGGCCUCCCAAUCGCCACCUACCCGUACUUCAGCAAGGAGACCAAGGGGCUGGACUUUGAGGGCAUGAAGGCGGCGCUGGCAAGCGCGCCCGACGGCAGCAUCAUCCUCCUGCACGCCUGCGCGCACAAUCCCACGGGCGUCGACCCCACCCCGGAGCAGUGGCGCGAGAUUGCCUCGCUGAUGAAGGCCAAGCAUCACUUCCCCUUCUUCGACACAGCCUACCAGGGCUUCGCGUCGGGCGACCUCGACCGCGACGCGGGCGCCAUCCGGCUCUUCGCCGACGAAGGUUUUGAGCUCGUCAUCGCGCAGUCCUUCGCCAAGAACUUCGGCCUCUACGGUGAGCGCGCGGGCUGCUUCCACUACAUCGCCUCGCCCUCGCUCUCCUCUGCCGAACUCACAGCCCGCGUGUCCUCCCAGCUAGCCAUCCUGCAGCGCUCCGAGAUCAGCAACCCGCCCAUCUACGGCGCGCGCAUUGCCUCCAUCGUGCUCAACGACCCGACCUUAUUCGCCGAGUGGCAGGAUAAUUUGAGGACCAUGUCGGGCCGCAUCCGGGACAUGCGCACGAAGCUGCGGGCCAAGCUGGAGGAGCUGGGCACGCCCGGCCGCUGGAACCACAUCACGGACCAGAUUGGCAUGUUCAGCUUCACGGGGCUGACCGAGGCCCAGGUGCUCAAGCUACGGUCCGACUACCACAUCUACAUGACCAAGAACGGGCGGAUUAGCAUGGCCGGGCUGAAUUCGAAGAAUGUUGAUUAUGUUGCCUCAGCGGUAGAUAAGGUGGUCCGGGAGGUGCAGUAA